UUCGACCCGAUGGCCUCUAUUUGGACAAGUGACAGACCGAGGGGCCAGGACGCUCCGGAGCCCAUCGACCGGCAGACGGAUUCACUGCCGCAUGGUCAUUUGCGAAACAGCCGCUCUGCUUUGAUGGACUCUCUGGGAACUCCGGGACACCGACCGCGGCCGAAUUUCUGGGACCAGCUCGAGGAUUUCACGUCGGGCUCGGGCGAACAUGACGCAGAGAGGUCGCUCGUCUCGACACGAAGGCCAUGGGCUCCAAACACAGAGCAACAACGCCAUCCCAAUCCCGGCGGACUCAAUGGCCAAGAACCACAAGCCACCAGCCCUGAGGUCGCUGCAGAAUCUAAUAAUGAUCCUGUUCGUCGUCUUUCUGAGCAUUUGGGCAAUUCUCACUCUGAACAUAGCCCCGCGGCGGCAGCACAGAGGCGUAGCUUUCGGGUCCGGCCGCUGAGCGGAGACCGUCCAAGAGGGUUGAAAGGGGAGGAG